CGCUGCCCCCAUAAACCCACGAGGAUUUACGGUGACGGACAAGAGCCGUGCCUCACAACGGAGUAUGUGGAAAAGUACCCCACCUACAGCAACGUCUCUCCUCCACGGAGCCUUAAGCCAAAGCAAGAGUACCACAGGCAUCGUGGGAAAAUGGAAGGAAUUACAACAUUUAAAGCUGAUUAUUUACCAUACGAUAUUGUGAAGCGACCUUUCCAGGUACAAGAAGAAUAUAAACCAAAAAUGGGAGAGAUAGAACUGGGAACCACAUACCAGAAAGAUUAUAAUGCUCAUAAAAUACAACCAGUGACAUUAGUAAGACCUCUAGAGAGAAAACACACUACAAGAGGAAAAUUGGAUACCAUACCAACCUAUCAAGAUGACUAUAGGUCAUGGGAAGUUCAAAGAAGGGAACCUAGUAAGUUGGAGCAUAUAUACCAUCCACCUACAGAGAAGUUUGGAAAUUCUACCACGUUUCAAGAUGACUUUGUUCCUAGGGAACUGAAUCCCAGACCAAGUUUUAAACCUCCGUGUGUAGCCAAGCUUUCAGACGUGCCUUUCGAGAGUGCUACUAGCCAUCGCGCCUCUUACGUUGCUCAUCCACUGGAACCAAAAUUUGUGAGAGCAAAGGAAGAGUACAAGCCAAGCAACCAACCCUUUGAAGAUCUCACAACCCACCGGAAUGAUUUCAGAGGAUUACCCGGGCAACUUGCAAAGAGCUGCAAGCCUGAAAAUGCACAAGUCGGAUCCAAUGCUCAUUUUAAUGGGGUCACCGAAUUCCAGGCCCGUUUCCAGCCGUGGUCGGUCUCUUUGCCUGAGGUCCGCAAAACAAAAGAGUACGUUCCACCCGCAGGCAACAUGGAUUUGAACUCCACGAGCCACCUGCAUUACGUUAAGCAUGAGAUUUCUCCUGCUGUCCCAAUAAGACCAGUUUCUAAUAGAAGACGAACCAAUGCCCCUUUUCAAGGGAAUACUACUACCAAAGAAGACUUUAAAGCUUGGGGCAGCUGUCGUCAAGAGAUUAUUAAGAAACAACAAGAAAUUCCAAAACCCACUGGAAAAUUUUCUGAUUUAACUACAUUCAAGUCUCAUUACAUACCACAUCAGAUCAUUCCAGCUCAAAGUUGCAAACCUGUACAUGCUAUAGUUCCCAAUGCAGCUGCUUUUCAAGAUGAAACUACGUAUCACACAGAAUAUACUCCAAAGAAACAAGAGAUCUGCCCAGCAAAUUACCCAUCUCCUCCAGGUUAUGUCUACCUAAACACAGAUUCUCGUGGCCACAAAUUCUUCUGCCAGCUUACUCCAGAAAUUGCUAAGUCAAAUACUAGUCUUGUUCCAAAGGAAGUAGCUGUUGUGUCAUAA